AUGAAUCAUCCUUCGCCUGGACUUCCCCGACAAGUGGCUGGUCUUUCGGAACAGCUCAAGACUACUAACACUCUCAUCGCACAGCUUGGCAAACUCACGUUCCAGCCUGGCUCCGAACCUUUGGGGGGCGAAGGUGGUGUCCGCGUCGAACUUACGCAAGACAUUCACGAAAGCCUGAAGCAGCUGACCGAGGAUUUCGAGAUCAUCAAACAAGAAGCAGCCGAUCUCCACCCUGACGGCCGUUUUCAUACUCGGGCAAAUCGUAAAGACAACGAGGAGGCGCGCCUGAGUGCCAAAGUCAUCCGCAUAGGCGAAGACCUCAAGGAAGCACGCCAGAGAUUUAGAACUGCUCAGGUCUCUGCAAAGUACGCAAGUGAGCAAGCAAAGCGCAAGGAGCGACAGGCUCUGCUUGAAAGCUAUCGCCGGGAGGCUGCUCAGCUCGAUCAAGCCACCGAACCUGUUCAGAGUUCCCGCGACCAACUUUUCGCGCAGCGAAGACAGAACCAGACCCAGAAGAACCUUACUCGAGACGAAGUGCUAGUAAACGCUUCUAGCGACGUAACAGCAGCACUUCGGCGCACCCACGAUCUUCUGUCAUCUGAACUUACGAGAUCAAGAUUCGCCCAAGAGACAUUCGACGAAUCGACUGCGGCUCUCGCGCAGCUCGGCGACGAUUACAGCAGCCUUGAUGAUAUUCUGAGCACAUCACGGAAUCUCAUCGGAACCCUGCUCAAAAGCCAGAAAAGCGACAGCUGGUAUCUUGAGACCGCCUUCUACAUUCUCAUAGCCACUCUCUGCUGGCUAGUCUUCCGCCGCUUACUCUACGGGCCGUUCAUCAAACUACCUCUUUUCUUUUGGAGAGUGUUUACUUUCUUCAUAAGCUGGGGCAUUUUCAAGCCUCUCUACCUGUUUCUGUCCAUCACGGGAGUUGUCACUACUGAGCGCAGAUCUGGAGCUUCAGCUGACCUCACAUCUUCAUCUCGUCCUCCGCUCAUCGUACAGCCAAGUGCUCAAGGCGGCAUAGGAGCCAUCCCAUCCGUAGCUUUGCCGAAGGGCGGAAUACCAGCAGGCGCAGGCGGUGUAGGCGCCAAGAGAAAUCGGGAGCCAAUACUCGAAGGAACGAUGUCGGAGCAGAUUGGCAAGAUGACGGAGGAUCAGGCUGAGCCUGAAAAAGCACCCAAGGCCCAAGAAGAUGGCAAGGAACUCCCCCGUCGAGGCGAUGGCACGGUCUUGCAGGAGCGUGGUGACGUCCCGCCGAAUCCGAAGAAGAAGGCGUUUGAGGCAGACGCAGAGGACGAAAAGCAUGAAUCCCGCAAGAGAGAUGAAUUAUGA